AUGGCCGAAGAUUCUGUUUAUUGGAACGAUGCCCAAACAGGCUAUGCCACCAUUGAAUGCUCUUGUGAAGCCUUUGCUCCUGUCACCGUGCCAACUCUUUUGCCAAGCGCAAGACCCUCUGCCUGCCCUGCAACAGCUCAUACCAGAUACCCUACUGCUUCACAAGCCCCAUGGCCAAGCAAAGGACCCUCUUCCAAAACUACAGCACCUUCAACCAAAAGUCCUACGGCUACCCCUACAACGUCUCCCAGCGCUCCACCCACACAUGACCCUAGGGCCAGUCCAACCGAAGGGACCAUUCCCUACCCCAGCCAGCUCCUCCUCUAA